UACUUCCUGGACCAAUGGUGGCCGCCAUCCUCUGCUAGCCCGAAAGCCCAGCCUCCUCGAGUAGCUGGUGCAAUUUGAUAACACGGACCAGGCAGGACUGGAUAGCUACAUGAUUUCAGUGUUUGCAGUGAUACUAGAUACUUUGUUUAAUAGCAUGAUUCGUGUACGAGCAUCGUAGCUAGCUGAAACGCGAUAGCUCCAAGGCGCUGUUUUGGCAAGUCGCCUGUUUUAACCCAUCUAUUGUUGCGCGCGUCUGCCAGCGUUUUGAUUACAGUGAGUAGGAAGGAAGAAAACGCACACACCCCUCCGCUCUUAUGGUAGUGACUAGAGGGAGGCUCGGGAAAAAGAAAGAAUAGGUAGAGAGAUCUCGAUUGUUGUCUUUUGGAAAGUUGAAUCUACUUCCGAGGAUAAAGGUUGGUCAUCCCAAUGGCGUCAAUUUCGAAGGUGUCCAUUCUGGAUUACUUCAACAUCGUGUUCGAGGGGGAGAACGGCAAGAUCGAGUCCAACUGUAAAGCAUGCGGCACCAGGAUACAGGCGAAGAGGAGCGUCACAUCCAACUUCGUCACACAUCUCAAGAGGAAGCACCAGGCGAUGUACGAUGAGUUUGUAAAGAAGAAGGAUAUGAAGCGAGAAGCCUACUCCUCAUCUUCCUCCUCCCUCCAUCCCUACUCCUCAUCCUCCCUUCACAGCCUGGCAAACGGAGGAGGCCAUCGCUGCAAUCACUCCAUCACCGCUGGAGGGGUGGGAGUAGGGGGAGGGGGAGGAAGAGAGGGAGCAGGAGAAGGGGUGACGAAGUUCCACAGACACGACCCUCGCCAGGUGCUGAUCUCGGAGGCGAUAGCGAAGAUGCUGGUACAGGACCUCCAGCCUGCCUCCCUGGUGGAUCUCAGAGGAUUCAGAGAGUUACUGCAGCUGUUAGAGCCUCGCUAUACCCCCGAGCCCCCCAGAUACCUCCACACCCAGCUCCUCCCAGCCUACGCCUACCAGGCCCAGCUGGCUACCAGACAGGCCCUGGCCUCAGCCCUCUCUCUCAGCCUCUCUGUCUCCCUCUGGAGGGGUUUCCUUGGGACCGCAGCAGGGGUUAACACUGGGUACCUGGGGGUGACCUGCCACUUCCUGUCGUCUGAUUGGCAAAUGCGUUCCGCCCUGCUGGCCUGCCUGCCUCUGGUUGGUGGGCUCUCGGCCAAUCGCGUGCUAGCAGAGUUCGAGGAGGUGUGUGUGGCGCACGGCGUUUCGGGCCGAGCGUUCCGUGUCGUGGCUGACCCAUUUCCCGCUGAAACUCACCCCUCAUGCCGCCUACCAGGGUUCUGUAUCCACGGCAACCCGGGAGAUGAUGCCGACGAGGAAGAGGAGGAGAGUGGGGAUGAAGGAGGAGAGAGGGAAGGAGCGGUAGAACAGGAGGACUGGUGGGAGGGAGGUCUGGGGUCUGGCAGGAUAGACUGUUUCUGUUGUUCUCUGGGUCAGUGUGUGAGAGAUGGACUGCUCUCCUCCUCUCCUCUCCUCUCCUCCACCCUGGCUAAAGCCUCAUCCUUCUAUAACUAUGUCACCUCCGCCGUGCCACACGACAAACUGGUGGGCCUGUUGGGAGGGGGGUUGGGGGGGGCGGGGAGCAGCAGGGAUGGAGAGCGAGACUGGGCCGUACAACUCAAGGUGUUGCGUGGUCUUCUGGACUCAGCAGAGUUCUUGGAGGAUGUGUCUGACCGGGCUGACCUGGUGCUAAGUGGCCAGGAGGUGGCGCUGCUCAGAGAACUGACAGACACACUGGAACCCUUUACUGAGGCCUGGGACAUGGUGCACACGCACAGACAGGGUGACAGACACGUCUCUAUCAGUCUGGCUCUGCCCUGUGUCCUGGGGCUCCGUAAGCACCUGUCAGAGUGCGUCUCCCCCCAGCUACCCUGCCUGCUGCUGGGCUUGUCUCAAGCCGUAGAGCGCCGCCUGGCUCCCAUCCUGGAGGACCCGCUAUACGUCACCGCCACCACCCUGGACCCACAGUUCAAACUCACCUGGAGCUCAGACCCUGACUGGCACAGACAGGUCCUCCUGGACGAGGUCACCAAACACACACAAACACAGGGCCCCAGCAUGGAGCUCACCCCCCAGGCCCAGUCCCCUGACGCAGCUUUGUCCCCAGCCUCGUCCCCUCUUCCCUCCUCCACUUCGCUCAGCAGGCCCUGCAAGCUGUUCUCCUUCAUCAAGCAAAGGCCCACGGCGCAGGCAAAGAGCGUGGAGCAGGAGCUGGCAGGGUACCUGCGUGAGGAGCCCACUGAGGAGGAGCCUCUCCACUACUGGAGACGAAAGACUAUAGACUUCCCUCAGCUCAGCCAGGUGGCCAAGCGGGCGUUUACUGUGCCGGCUGGGACCUCCACCGUGGAGACCAUCUUUACCUCGGCCAGACACUGGCUCCAACCCGGCAGAGGCAGGGCUCUCCCCAAAAACCUUGAGACACUCAUCUAUCUCAAAACCAACUAUAGGUUACUGUGGACUUAAUGGAUCAGCCCUACACCCGAGGCACUAACAGAGCUACAGAGGCACUAACAGAGCUACAGAGGCACUAACACAGCUACAGAGGCACUAACACAGCUACAGGCUGGUAAUGUUGUCCAUGUAACCCGAUGGAGACUCAAAAACUUGAAGACCAAUUACAGACUACUGUGGACUUCGACACAGACCGCUAUGGACCUACACACUAUAGUCCAUGUAGCCUACAGGUUUCAGAUCUAACCACUAUAGUCCAAUUAGCCUACAGGUUUCAGACCUAAAAACACUAUAGUCCAUGUAGCCUACAGGUUUCAGACCUAAACACUAUAGUCCAAUUAGCCUACAGGUUUCAGACCUAAACACUAUAGUCCAUGAAGCCUACAGGUUUCAGACCUAAACACUAUAGUCCAUGUAGCCUACAGGUUUCAGACCUAAACACUGUAGUCCAUGUAGCCUACAGGUUUCAGACCUAAACACUAUAGUCCAUGUAGCCUACAGGUUUCAGACCUAAACACUAUAGUCCAUGUAGCCUACAGGUUUCAGACCUAAACACCAUAAUCCAUGAAGCCUACAGGUUUCAGACAUACAGUGCCUUGCAAAAGUAUUCACCCCCCUUGGUGAUUUGCCUACUUUGUUGCAUUACCACCUGUAAUUUAAACAGAUUUGUAUUUGGAUGUCAUGUAAUAGACAAACACAAAAUAGUACAAAUUGGUGAAGUGAAAUGAAGAAAAUUACUUGUUUAAAAGAAUUCAAUAAAAUGACAAACUGAAAAGUGGUGCGUGCAUAUGUUUUCACCCCCCUUGCUAUGAAGACCCUAAAUAAGAACUGGUGCAACCAAUUACCUUCAGAAGUCACAGAAUUAGUUAGAUUGUACACAGGUGGACUUUAUUUAAGUCAUAUGAUCUCAGUAUAUAUACACCUGUUCUGAAA